GGGCGCUGCGGGGGGCACGGCGGGGCGGGGGGCGAGAGGAGGCUGCCCCCCCUUGAACUAAAGUCAGCGCCGGGAACGCGGAGGGGAGAGUGGGGGGGGUCGUGCCAACCACCCCAAGCGGUCCCUGCGGCUAAUGCCGUUUCUCCGCUGCUGCGCAGGAGUCCCUGCGAGUGUAAUUCACCUCCCGCAGCCUUCAGCAGGAAGGAGGCUAAUCCUAUUCCGCGAUUUAGCGGGCCGGCAGCGAGCAGGUGAGGCGGCGGCAGAGGUGGGCGCCGCGGGCCGGGGCGGCGGGCCGUGCACCUGCCUGCCCCCGCCGCCGCCGCAGGAUGUCCGUAACAGACCAAGCCUUUGUGACCCUUGCUACUGAUGAUGUGUACUGUCAAGGCGCUUUGGUUCUCGGACAGUCAUUGAGGAACCAUACAACAUCUAGAAAACUGGCAGUACUAAUUACUCCAGAGGUUUCCAGUGGGAUGAGGUCUGUCCUUCGCAGCGUAUUUGAUGAAGUAAUCAAAGUAGAUGCACUUGACAGUGCUGACUCAGUCCGUUUGGCUCUGAUGCAGAGGCCAGAACUGGGUGUAACCUUCACUAAGCUUCACUGUUGGACACUUACUCAUUAUAGCAAAUGUGUCUUCAUGGAUGCAGACACUUUGGUGCUUUGCAACGUCGAUGAAUUGUUUGAUCGAGAAGAGUUUUCAGCAGCUCCUGAUUCUGGUUGGCCUGACUGCUUUAAUAGUGGUGUAUUUGUGUUCCGACCUUCUUUGAAAACUUACAACCUACUGCUGCGGUUUGCUGCUGAACAUGGCAGCUUUGAUGGAGGUGAUCAAGGCUUGUUGAAUAGUUUCUUCAGCAACUGGGCAACAGCCGAUAUUGGCAAACACUUACCUUUCCUCUAUAACUUGAGCAGCAGUGCUGUAUACACCUACAUUCCUGCUUUCAAUCAUUUUGGUAGAGAUGCCAAAGUUGUUCACUUCUUGGGAGCGACAAAGCCCUGGAACUACAAAUACAACCUUGAAACAAAAAGAGUGAUGCAGGACAGCACCACCUCUGGAUCUUUUCAUCAACUGUCAUUUCUUGCCUGCUGGUGGAAUAUAUACAGUGCUAGUAUAUUGCCUUUGUUAGAAGAACUUCAAAAGAUGGAAGAAUCAGGAUCUGAGGACUGCAAGCACACUUUCAAUGGAGUUGAAAUUACACUGAAAAAGGUCAGUCCUUAUGUGGCCAAUUCGCUGCAAAUGCCUGUGCUUCCAGAGCAGACGUAUGAAAAAUAUCCCACAGUGUGUUCACCUGAAGAACUUGCUUUCAAAGCUCAACCUGUACGUGAAGUUGAACAAACUGGUUCUAACGUCCAUCUCGGUGAGCUUGACAGACCUUCAGAACAGCUUUUAUUUCAUCCUGCGUUUCCGGAAACAUCAGAACUGAAUAAUGUCGCACAUUCUGUUUCAGAGCUGUCUAUUCACUUCAGACCAGAAGAACCAAUCCCAGAAGAUGAACGGAGAAAAUGGGAGGAAGGGCGCAUGGACUAUAUGGGCAAAGAUGCUUUUGAACAUAUCAAAAAGAAAUUGGAUGCAUUUUUACAUUAAGAUGGAGCAUACUGUAAUGGCCACCAUGAUCUGUGUUUCUUCUGUAAAUGCAACCCUUGAAUACUUGGCUAUUUUCAUAGUUUAUUUGACACCAAAGUUAAAGGGGUAGAUAUAGAUCCUCAUAUAUUUUGGGGGAGGAUUAACAAAUAUGGACUCCUGUUUUUUACUGUUCAGAGUGCCUCAUCUUUAUUGUUAUGUGUGUUUCAUCUUCAUUAUUCUCCCAUAGUGCCUUCUGAAGUAUAAUGAAUGAUAGCCUCUGAGUUUGAACUCACAUUUUUAUCAGUGUUCGCUGCUCCUUCCCACAGCAUUCUGCAGAAACAGUCAUGAAUGUGAAACAUGUUGGAAAUUGAGAUUAUUUCCCAAGUGGGGAUUAUUUCGGAAGUACUUUUGGAAGAUGCUAUGAAGCUAUUUAAAUGAAAACCUUGUUCUUGAAACCAAAUUAACACUUUUAAGGGCAACUGUAGCGUAGACUUCAAUAUGAGAAAAAAGUGAGGAGAUGAAAUCCUGGCCUCAUAGGAAUCUGCAACAAAACUUUGUAAUUUAAGUAUUCUUAGGAUUAGAGGAAAUUCAGACUUCAUCUGAGAUCACUAGUGGAUGUUCUCCAUAUUUAUAGGAAGCUGCUCAGCUUCAUCGCCAGCAUGAUGAAAAAUGGUGUAAAACUCGUUAAGACAGACUGAUAAUGUAUGUUAACCUUUUUGUAUAUUGUUGCUAUAGGAUACUGUUGGGUUUUUUAGAAAUUGUUAGCUUCACUUGCAUAUUCAGAGUUGCUAGUCAGAGGAAAAAAUGCUGAGACUAUGGUAUAAACCUUCUGGUGCUUUAUAUCAGUUUGUUUACAGUACUUCCAAUUGCAGUUGACAAACACAUUCUUCUUGUUUAGCUUUGUUGCCCCAUAUUGCAGCCUACUUAAGUGCAACUGAAAACACAGUUGGCACUUGUUUUAGUAAACAGGCCCUUUGGAGAUCUUUUAAACAAUAGCUCUGUGUGGGAACUAAUAAAUCUGUGAGUAUAGUUCCAGAAAAAUCUACUAGUGAGACUCCCAUUAUAUUAAGGAUACUUAUGGGGGAUUGCUUUGCGAAUUUGGGUAUUUAAAUUUAACCAAUGUCAGCAAGUUUGUCUUAGCAAACAAGGAUAAAGAAACACUUGAACGAAGAGCUCGACAGGCAUGCUAAUACGAUAACAGAUUUGACACAGUUAUUCAUGACACCACACAAUAUUAGAAUAAGAAAUCUGCAGUGCUGAUGCAGGACUUAAAACAUGUUUCAGUCUUAAUAUGUCACCAGUUUUGGUACAGAUAUACCUAAUGAAAUAACUUGGGAAUUCUGUUUAAAAAGCAAUGAUGUAAUGUUAUGCAUCAGAGGGAUUGCCAUAGAUGAUCGCAGAGAAAAAGGCAGGUAGGAGGGAAGGAAUUUUUGUUUCUUUUUCCUCCAUCCAAAAAGAUUGGGGGCAGGGGGGCGUAACUUGCACAAAUUAGGAAAGGAAUGAAUGAGUCUAAAGGUCCCUGAAAGGAAGAAAAAUUAUCUUUGAGUAUUUUAGAAUUACUUUCUAAUAUUCACAAUAGUGGAUUUGCUUUUGUGGGGUAUUUCUGAUUUUAUCUAGUUCUUUAUUUCUCAUUUAUUCUAAGCACUCUUAAAGUGGGAAUCUCUGGUGGGUCUGCUGAAUUCAAGCUUCUAGUUCAAGUUAGAUGUUUAGGGUCUCUGAAGUCAAAGUGAGAGAUGUCCAGAAGAUGAUUCUUCUCAAGGUCUCCAUUAAUCAUAAAGGGACCCUUGAUACCCUGUCUCCCUUGGGUAGGUAACCUUUGUGUGUUAACGUGGGUAGGUGCGUUCUGCCGGUUGUGUGUGGUGCAGUGCAGCACUAUGUGGAGAUUGCAGUAGCUGCAGGGUACUCUUACUUACAUAGCACUUGAUCUGCUGAUUAUCCCCAUUUCUUGGUGAACUUGUGCACCUCUGAGAAUGUUCCGUUUCAUAAGCGUUAUUGCUAAUAUAAUUCAAACGGGUUUUGAAGACUAUAUAAAACCGUAAUCAACAAUGUGAACUCAUGCUUCAUGCAACUGUACUUUUUACAGUAACUGUUAGAUCUUACUGGGCACAUUAAUGAGAUUAUGGGAGAAACGUUACUGAUGUGAAAUCAGUAACUGAAAAGUUUUAAAAUAGGCAUAUGACUGUAGUAAAAGGAGUUGUCAUGGAAUACAUUUGGAAGUGUUAAUAUGUAAAAUGGUACUGUGUGUGGAUUAUACAAUGUUUUGCGAAGAACUGUAGUACAUUAAUGUCAUGGAAAUAAAAUAGAAAUGGAAAGCAUAUACGAAGUCAUGUGUUUCUCAGAUGAUGCAGGGUUACAGGUUGUUUAUGUUGUGCCAGCAAGUAUUAUUUGUGACUUGCUAGUGACUUUAAUUUUUUUUUUAAUUUUGUUAAAUUGCUUUUGAGACAUUAGCACUAGCUGCUGAGCAGAAUUAAAGGUGUGUGUUAUAAUUAUUUCUACAGACAUACAUAAUUAUAAGCUUUAGUAUCUCUUGAAUUAGCAUAGCAGUAGUUGUUUUAUUACAUUUCAUGGAAAAACAUAGCUGUGGUUGAAAUCCCUGCCUGAGUUUGUGUACUGUCUUCACACAAAAAAUGUUGAACUAGUUAGAAGUAAUGUGGUGCCGCAGUGGAUUCUAGCACAGUACUGUUGUCACCAGGGUGGGAGAAGGGAGAAUCUUGUAAGCAAAUUCAGAAUUUGCAAGUGCUGUACUUUGGGCAGUAUUUUUUGCUCUUAAGAACAUCCUCCUGAAAUCUUGGGGCCACAAGCAGGUCUGGGGGGUGUUGCAGGCUGCAUGUUGCCGUGAUC